CGAUGAUCCUUAUGUCAGGCGAAAUGUUUUUGUUUUCAUUUUUGUAAAUCAAGAUUUAGUACGAAUAAAGGGGGUUUGUUUAAAUCUUAAUGAUCCGCUUUUAUUCAAAUAUUUAUAAGUAAUGGCAGCGGCAUUUCAACAACAAAUAUUUGCUUUGGAUGCUCGUUUUAAUGCAUAUAGAGCUCCAGGAAAUCCUAAUUUCAAAACGCUUUACAUUCGCCGGAGAAGUCAGCUUUUAAGAGAAAACGCUAAGUUUAAGGAUAUUGAAACAAUAAAAAAGUAUAUUCAUAUUAGGAGUCAGCUUCUUCAACGUAGAUAUGGAGUGCAGGACAACAUAUCCAUAAGCUCAUCAUCAUCUCGGCAACGAUCCAGUAGUAAGGCAAGCUUGGCAAUAGAUGAAAGCAUCACUAUAAAUGCAAAGAAGAAGAAUGAUCUGACUAUAUCAGAAAAUUAUGCUUUUUCUGGAGUUCACCAUAUAUUUGAUCAGCAUUCAGAGCAAGUGAGCAUUGUUAAGUUUGCAAACAAUGACCGCUCAAAGCUGUGUUGUGCUUCACAUGAUGGUACUGUGUCAGUGUGUGACGUCACUGCAUCUCCACCUAGGGUAGCCUUCAUACUGGAGGGACACUCCAAGGCUGUCACAGGAUGUGAUUGGUCGGCUUCAAAUGAUUUGCUGGUAACAUGUGGUGCAGAUGGGGUUCUAGUCCUUUGGGACAUCCCUCGGCGUCGACAACUCAGGUCUGUAAGGGACCAACUUCAAUCUCCAUUACUUUGCUGUGUGUUUCAGCCUGUUAAUAAUAACAUGGUGAUUGCAGGCAACGCUCGAGGCAUGGUAGAAGUUCUUAAUGUGUCCACUGGAAUAUAUCCUCGAGGAGGCAGCAGUAUUUUGGGCGGUCAAGUGACAUCAAUUGCGUGUGAGUCUAGUGGAAGGAUGUUUUGGGCAGCAAAUGAUAAGGGUGUGAUAGUUAGCUAUCUAAUGUCGGGUGCUGGUGGGUCUUUGAGCAAAUUGCGUCGAUGCUGCGUCGGAGGCGCCGUCUCUUGCUUAAGCUGGAGCCCUUGGCUUGCCAGACACCCCGCCUUAUUGGUCAGCGCAGCUGAUGAUUCGCUACUAUUGUUUAGGAUAUCAGACCGUGAGGGCAGUCUGUCGCUAAAGAAGCGAUACGAUAUAGCGCACCGUUCUCAUGGCGUACAAUCAACUUUCUGCCCAAUAAUGUCGUUCCGUCGCGGGGUUUGCGUCGUUUCGGGGGCGGAGGACGCCUGUGUCUAUUUCCUUGACAUCGAAGGACACGCCGAACAGCCCGUUGUUAAUAAAUUGCAAGGUCACGCGCACCCAGUUCUAGGUGUAAGUUUUAGUUAUGACGAAAGUUUGUUAGCGACUAGUGAUGUAUCGGGACUGGUCAUCAUCUGGCGGCGGAGCUGACAACCGCAUACACGAUGUGAUGCCUCUGAACUGUGAUUUAAUUAAUAUAUCUUUAUUUAAACCAUUUUUGACUUCUAUAAAGAGUUUGUCUAUCGCAAAACUAAAAUUUGUUUUUUUUAAAUAUUAUUACUUAUUUAUAGUAGAUUCGUAGAAAUGUUAUUUUUCUUUUGUUGAUUUUAGAUAACACCCAAUGUUUUGAGUGAUAAUUGUUUUUUUUAGAAUAUUGAAAACUGACAAUCUACUGUAACUAAAGUGAUUAAACUGAAAUAUAGUAAUAAAUAUAUAUUACACGAUUAUC